AUGAACAAUGGAUGGGGAUUUCUUGUUGAUGAAGAAAAAGGAGGCAGGUUACUUACUUUGGACACAAGUUCAAGCUUUGAAAACCUAAAGGCUAUGGUGUGUGAAGACUUUGGAAUUGAUGUAAACAUGGUCAAUAUAGAGCUGAGUUAUUUACCUUCCGAUUUGAUCAAUAGCAUCUACUCACCCCCUGUUAUCAUCACCAGUGAAAGACAAGUUCGAAAUUUUCUUACAUAUGUAAAGAACAAAGCUUCGACGCAGUUGUGUGUGAGUACUCAAGCCUCUAACAUAGCGGAAGAAGGUAGUGAGUCGCCUAACAGAGAGGAAGCGCUUAUGGAGUCUGACGAUUCAAGUGAUAUGGAUUCAGAACAAGAUGUUGAGGUACCUGACAGUGAAGAUGACAAAAAGUGUGACAAAGAAAAGAUCAAUGAAGAUGGUGUUCGCUUUUCUUUGGUGGAUGUUGUGAAGAAGGGUCAAUCUUUUACUUCCAAAACACUUUUGAAGGCAGCAUUCGAAAUAUGUGCAAUGAAAAAUAAUUUCGACUACGUGGUUGUCAGAUCGGAUAAAAAAGUAUGGUACAUUCGUUGCUCAGAUGAUGACUGCACAUGGCGUGUUCGUGCAGAGGGUUUAACAGGCUCAUCGUAUUUUAUCAUCAAAAAGUAUGUACCUGAUCAUUCAUGUGCUGCCUCCAAUAGGAAGGGUUCUGUUAGGACAGUUUCAGCAAAAACAGUGGGUACUCUGAUCAUGCAUAAGUAUGAAACUGCUAAAGAAGGACCGAGAUCGGAUGAUAUAAUCCAGUAUAUGCGUAUGGUAUAUGGAGUUGAGAUAUCCUAUUCUUUGGCGUGGGAUGCACGUGAAUAUGCAAUCAACGCAGUUAAAGGUAUUCCGGAGAAAGGUUAUGAAAAAAUUCCUAAAUACUUGCAUAUGAUGAAGGAAGCUAAUCCAGGGUCACACACAUUUUAUGAAAGGGAUACAAAAGGGAGAUUCAAAUACCUCUUCAUCUCGUUUGGUCAGAGUGUUCGCGGUUUCUAUGCUGCAAUUAGAAAAGUUAUUGUGGUGGAUGGGACUUUUUUGAAGAGCAAAUACAAAGGAGUAUUACUAGUUGCUACAGCAUUAGAUGGAAACUCGAGUUUAUAUCCUAUUGCCUUUGGAGUUGUCGACUCAGAGAAUGACCUCGCGUGGAACUGGUUUAUGAGACAACUUAAUAUGGUCAUUGCUGACGACCAUAGUUUAGCUUUUGUGUCUGAUAGGAAUUCCUCAAUUGCUAAAGCUAUUGCGAGAGUGUACCCGCAAGCUCAUCAUGGAAUUUGCAUUCACCACUUGCUGAAUAAUGUUGUAACAUAUUUCAGCGGGAAAGGUGUGGCUGGUUUGGUUGCUAAGGCUUCUAAAGCUUAUCGAGCUGCUGAUUUUCGUAAGGUCUUCACUGCUAUUUUCGCUAUUAGUCCUGAAAUUGGACAGUAUCUCAUAGAUGCCGAUGUGAGGAAGUGGGCUCGUUGUCAGUUUCCGGGUUACAGAUAUGAUAUUAGGACUACUAACCCUGCGGAGUCGAUAAAUGCAGCUUUGCGUACGCCUAGAGAGUUUCCAGUGAUACCUUUGUUGGACAGCAUUAGGGAAAUGAUGACUCGAUGGUUUUUUAAACGUAGAACUUUAAGUUCUAAGCAUUCGAAGCCACUAACCAUUGCUGUGGAGAAGAAGAUUGACAGAAGGAUUGAGAAGGGUAAGACAUUUAAGGUGUUUCCCGUUAGCGAUCAUAGGUUUUUAGUUCAAGGUGACACUUUCGACUGCUCGGUAGACUUGGUCAGACGCACGUGUUCAUGUGGGAAAUUCGAUCUGAUGAAAAUCCCAUGCAGGCACGCCAUAAAAGCAGGCUUCAGUGUUGGAAUAAGACCACACACACUCACAGACGACAUGUACACUACUGCCUCAUGGCGCUCGGCUUAUGAAGAAAGCAUAAAUCCUAUUAGCGUCCCUGAAGAUGCAUGGAAACUCCCAUCUCAUGUGGAGAAGUCAAAAAUGCUUCCUCCAGAGAGUAGACGAGCUGCGGGUAGGAGAAAGAAACGCAGAUACGAGACAGCCGAAGAUAAGAUCCGUUCGUCACAAGGAACUCAACGCUCUACAGUUCGGAAAUGCAGUCGAUGUGGGAUUGAAGGUCACAACAGGAGAACAUGUGAUUUAGCAAUAUAA